CUUUUUUGGUCUACCCUCAUUUGAAAGUGCACUUGUGUUUUAACAACGAUCUCUUAGAAAAUUAGAUUAAAACACAAUAAGUGUUGUUAUUUCGCAGUAUAUUAGGAGUGUUGUGUUUAGUGUAAUACAAAAACGAAGUGGAAGUGUUAUCUCGCAAAUAUUUUCGUCCUGAAAUAACUAAUUGGCAAUUUUUUAAAUAUCUAACCUCAAAGUGCAUUGUUUAACUGUGUCCGAAAUGCCGAUGUGUCUUAAAUGCGAUAAGGAAAUACCAAGAGUGGAUGAAAAAAACCCGAGAAUUAAAUGUCAUGGUUGUGAAAGAUUUAUAUGUGUUAAGUGUAGCGGGUUGUUAGCCACGGAGUUGAGAGUUGUAGUGCUACAAUCUCCUACACUCAAAUAUUUGUGUCCUGAGUGUGAACAAGGAGUACGGCAGUUGCCGGCUUUAAGGAAUACGGUGACCCAGCUGAAAACUGAAAUUGAGGCCCUGAAAAGCAAACAAAGUGAAGGGUCAAGCAUGGAGUGCAUUUUGGCAGAAUUAGCAGAGAGAAAAAAACGCAGUGCAAACGUUAUUAUGUUUGGCAUUGGUGAGUGCUCGCGACAGACGGGCGACGUCGCCCGGGACAAGGAGGUACGUGUUGCGCAUGAUUUUUCGCAGGUCCAAGCAGCUCUGUCAGACGUGCCGGAGGCAGAGGUGCCGGUGGCCGUUAUCCGUCUAGGCAAACCCAGAGCCGACGCCGUGGCUCGCCCACUCAAAGUCAUCUUCACCAAUAAAAAAGCUGCCCUUAAGGUUUUGAAAAAUAACAGUAAGCUUCCGAGUCACGUGUCCGCCAAAAAUGAUCAAACACCCUAUCAGCGGGACUAUUUGAAAAAGCUGCGUGAAGAAUUACAACGAAGAAUCGAUAGUGGUGAAACUGACUUGACUUUGAAAUAUGUGAAUAAUUCCCCAAAGAUUGUUAGUUCAAAAAAGUUAUAACUAAUGAUGCUGGGAUUUUGGAAUUUACAUUCUUAUACACGAACUUGGCAUCCCUAACGGCUAAACGAGAUUUACUUAUAAUAGAAGUGAACAGAUUGAAACCAACUUGCAUCGUCAUUACUGAAACACACUUAAAACCAUCGAUAGAAUUAAAGGAACGGGCUGGGGAGGAGUCGCUAUAUACAUAUCUCAUACGCUUUACGGCAGACCUAUACAAGUAAUCCCGCACCCGAGUUAUAACUCUCACCCCCACGUCGAGGCAUUGUGGCUAAACUUGAAAUAUGAAAGUUAUACAAUUACAAUUGCAGGAGUAUAUCGCCCAACACAUUACACUUUUGAAGAGACUGAUAGAAUAUUAUUCGAAACAAUUAAUCAAGCUGCUAUGGACCGCAACCCUCUGAUAAUAUUGGGUGAUUUUAACUUGCCUGACCUCAAGUGGCCGCUGGAUGAUCUUGAUACCGAUAAGUACAAUACACUACAUGCUAACUUUCUUGAUAUGUUUGUAAACAGUAACCUAAACCAACUAGUGACUGAAGUAACAAGGAAGCGAAAUAGCGAGGAAUCUUUACUUGACCUUAUUAUGUGCAACGAAGAAAACCUUUGUACUAAAGUACAAUACUACCCUAACAUAGGAAAAAGCGACCACCUAGUACUCCUAGCAACAUUACAGAUUCAGCUAAAAUCGAACCGAAGUACAUGUACGCAUGAAGUAAGAAGAAACUUUUUUAAGGCUGAUUUUCAGGAAAUUAUGAAGACUAUUUCAAUAAACACAACAGAUUGCACAGACACGGUUAACAUUGACGAAGCUUGGAAACAAUUCAAGUCGAAAUCACUCACUGCUAUCGAGACCCAUGUACCAUUGUCAACAAAAAAAAAAAAGGUAAAUGUAAAUAAACCAUGGAUAACAAAGCAAGUACUAGAAAAGGUAGAAAAUAAAUUAAAACUUUGGAAAGAGUAUAAAUUGAAUGGCUGUGAAAAAUCAUAUAAAGCAUAUAGAACUGAAAAUAAUAAACUGGUGACACUAGUCAGGAAAUUAAGAGCAGAAUUUGAAAGAGGAGUAGUUAACUGUGGUCCAAAAUCGUUUUAUAGUUACAUUCGUAAGCAGCUAUCCUCUGAGGUAUCCGUACCUCCUUCACUGAGAGACGAGAAGGGAGAUAUCACGAACGAUCAGAAAGUUGUCGCCGAGCUUUUUGCCCAUCAAUUUGAGAAAUCCUUUGUUAGUGAAUCAGCACACACGAACAUUCCGGACGUUCAGAUGCCUCGUGUAGAAAAUUCAAUCGAAUCAGUAUGUUUCACUUCUGAGAACGUGGCAAAAACGUUAGCAACAUUUAGCGACUCCACUUCGAUGGGCCCGGAUACUCUACCUUCUGUUUUUCUUAAAAAGUGCAGUAGCGUGCUUGUCCAUGAGCUGGCUUUUAUAAUGAAUUUAUCCCUCAAGAAUGGAACCCUACCUCGAGACUGGAAGGAAGCACAUGUCACUCCCAUAUACAAAAAAGGCGAUAAGUUUGUUGCUGCUAACUAUCGUCCGAUCAGCCUCACAAGUAAAACAAACCCUAAACUAAAUUACCACAUUGACUCUGUUCCCCUCCAAGCAGUAGCUGGUCAAAGAGACCUGGGUAUCACUAUUUCACAUAAUUUGAAAUGGGACACGCAUAUAACCAAAAUCACCAAGAGAGCAAAUUCUGUGCUGUAUAUGAUCCGCAAAGCAUUCCAUAUAUGGUCCCCCUACUUUAAAAAGGACAUCACAUUGCUGGAGAAAGUUCAGCGAAGAGCAACCAAAAUGGUUAUUUCAUUGAAAGACAAGCCAUACGAAGAACGGCUUCAGGAAUUAGGUCUUACAACAUUGGAGGACCGAAGGAAGCGAGGCGAUCUUAUCGAGACAUACAAAAUCUUGUCUGGACACUACAAUGUUCCUAAUAUUAUCGACCUAUACACAUCAAGCCAGAAUGUACCGCAGUGA